UCCCAGCGAAAGUUAAACUUCUGUUUCCGAGUAUUUCCGCUUCAUGGCACUUUCGUCAUUGACCCAAAUCUGAUGCACGACUGUUGUCCGGCCUGGUCCAAGUUCAAAGAACCCAAGCGCCAAACCGUUGAUUGAAACAAAAAACAAUUCCAAUUGGCGGCACUCAAUCAAGAUGAGAUAAUUGAAAAGCUCAUCGAUUAAUAGACCAAUUUCGGCACUGAGGCAUCAACCCAUCAGUCAGUCGAUGCUGAGCUGCGGACAGCUAUGGAUCGAGGCGCGAUGUGGCCACUUGUGCGGUUGAUUCUGCUUCAAACUUUGGUGAUUCAGGGCGUGCGGGGAGCAUGCAGUCGGAUUCCGCAGGGAGCCAGCGGCGAACGGUCUGCGGUGGAUGAAAACUUUCGCAUUUUGAUCGAUGGAAAUCCAGCGACCUAUGUACCCGAGCAUCAGUACAACGUGUCGCUUUCGUGUCCCAUCAAUCUAAAGUUCGUCAGCUUUACGCUGGUCAUCGAGAGCGAGGAUCAGGCGGCGGCCUUCAGUAUACUGGACAUGACCGGGCACUUUGAGCUGCUGGGCUCCCCCGACACCAGAUUCAGCGUCGGCUGCGAGAACAUGGUCGAGAGCACCAACACGAAUGCCAAAACGCAUAUCGAAGUCUCCUGGGUGGCCCCAAAGUCCCCGGAAAGUGGCUGUGUCCUCAUCAAGGCGGGUGUGGUGCAGCAGCGCGAUGUGUGGUUCAUUGAUGAGGGAUUCCUCACCAAACGCAUCUGCCCCGAGGAAAUUGACGAGCUGAACAGCCUGACACCGCCACUCCAGAGCUGUUGUGCCUGCGAUGAGGCCAAGUACGAGAUCGUCCUGGAGCGCAAGUGGACCAGGAACACGCAUGCCAAGGACUUUCCAGUCGAGGCCUGGCGCACGCGCUUGGGCGAGGUGAUUGGCGCCUCGCAUAGCUUCGACUACCGCUACUGGGCCUACGGAGGCCGAGCCAGCCUGGGCAUGCGAGAGAUGGCCGAGCAUGGAGCUACCCGUACCCUGGAGCAGGAGAUCCGAGACAACACACAAAAUGGCGCAGUGCGCACCAUCAUCAAGGCGCCGGGAAUUCCUCAUCGCUUGAAUGCCUUUGGCUCCACGCUGGCCAAUGCUCGUGUGGAUCCGAAUCAUCAUCAGAUCUCGCUGGCUGCCAAAAUCGAUCCUUCGCCCGAUUGGAUACUGGGUGUGGCAGGACUGGAACUGUGCCUCAGCAAUUGCACCUGGCUGCAGCGAAAGGUAUUGAACCUGUACCCCUGGGACAUUGGCACCGAUUCGGGACCCUCAUAUAUGUCGCCCGACCAGCCACAGGUUCCACCAGAUGUCAUACGACGGAUAUCUUCCUCGUAUCCCAGCGAUUACCGUUCGCCCUUCUUCGAUGAUACCGGCACCUCAAUGAAGCCCCUGGCCACGCUCCACCUGACGAGGAAGAAGCUCUACAUCCGCGAAUGCGAAGAGGUGUCGCAGGGUGGACGGGGACCCCUGGAAUGUGCUGUGCAUCCUUGGAACGAGUGGAGCAACUGCAGCACCCGCUGUGGUCAGGGCUACACCCAGCGCAUACGCAGCUACAAGAAUGCCAACCUGGCGGCCAACUACAACUGCGACAUUCGACUGGAGGAGAUUCGCCAGUGCCAGGGCACACAGUGCGGACCGGGCGAGGAAGAGUAUGCAAUUGGAGGCCCCGGCCAGGAUGUGGGUUUGGGUAUGGGUGGGGAGAGUGCGACAGGUACUGGCUCCAUGGCCGAGUGUCAGCUGAGCAGCUGGAGCGAGUGGUCGCCGUGCUCUAAAACCUGCGGUCGAGGCAUCUCCACGCGCACACGCGACUAUUACAAUCCCCAGGCGAGGCAGCGAUGUCUGACGGUCAUGCGCCUGCCCAUGGAGGAGACCAGACAGUGUCUGGGCUCGGACUGUGGCGGCACCAUACCCGACAACGGGGAGCUCGACGGUUUGCCGGAGCCAGAGCUGUUCGGCGAACCCAACCAGACGCCCAGCUGGAGCACAAAUAGUUACAACAACAGAAUGGAUAAUCCAUAUGCGGGAUCAGCAAAUCAGGGCUGGAAGAGACAGGGUUUCAGCACCGCCGAGAGUGACAAAACCUUUGGCCAGACAGACAACCAGCAACGUUCACCGUUUGAUCCAAUCGACAAUCGAAGCGGCUAUGACACAAAUCGGCAGCCACUCGAUUCGGAACGAGAGCGUCCCAACUUCAACACCUACGGCAGUGAGAAGAUGGUGGGCAACAGACCCGGAAGCACUUACAAUGACUACAAUUCGGGCUACAACAGCAGGGACUACACCACCCCGAACCUGCGGCCGGAUUUCGGUUUUACCACUAGAUCUCCAUAUGGAGGACGCUUUCCUAGUCGCCAGCAGGACAUGCCCGAUCCGGGCAGCAGCGGCAGCAGCAACUACAAUGUGGUGCAGGAUUACUGCUUCGAGAAGCCGAUCGCCUCCACGCGCCCCUGCCUGGCCAAUCCGGUGAUUGUGGGCAACUACUGGUUCUACGAUCACGAUGACCACGAGUGCAAGAUCUUCACCACGGACAACUGCGAUGAGAACAAGAAUCGUUUCCGUUCACUGAUGGCUUGUGAGGGUACAUGCCUGCAGCCCCAGAUGAAUGUGGAGCGAAGCGAAAAUGAAGCCAUGGAUUUAUAUGGCGGUGGACCCUACGCCCAGACACGCGGAGCUUAUGGCGCCGCAGUGGGGGAUAUAGAUGAAGCACCGAUGUCACACACUAGGAACACAUUUGAUUCAUUCAGACCGAGUCGUUAUGGCAGCUGAAUAAGUUCCAAGCGGAUCAAUAAAGUAUUACGAGUCGAGG